ACGCGCCUCUCCGAGAGAGCUCGCGCCACCACACCGGAUCUAAACAGACCCCGGGACAAAUAUGUCCGCCAUGGCGACCAUCCAGCUGGCCGGCGCCCCCCUCGUCGCCCGCCGCGGCUCCGCCAAGAAGGCCUCCAAGGCUAACCGAAGGGCGAUGCGAUGCAACGCUGCCACCGCCGCGGAGGUCGAGGGGAAGGUCAUCAGCUACCCCUUCGUCAAGCUCGUCGGUCAGGAGGAGCUCAAGCUCGCGCUCAUUCUCAACGUCAUCGAUUCCCGCAUCGGUGGCUGCCUCAUCAUGGGCGACCGCGGCACUGGCAAGUCCGUCGCCGUUCGCGCCCUCUCCGAUCUCCUCCCCGAGAUCGACGUCGUCGAGGGCGACGCCUUCAACUCGUCCCCGACGGAUCCCCAGCUCAUGGGCCCCGAGGCGCUGGAGGCGUUCAAGGCCGGCCUUGAGCUCACCUGGGCUAAGAUGAAGGUUCCCAUGGUGGAGGUUCCCCUCGGCACCACCGAGGACAGGAUCUGCGGUACCAUCGACAUCGAGAAGGCGCUGGCGGAGGGCGUCAAGGCGUAUGACGCCGGCCUCCUGGCUCGCGCCAACCGCGGCUUGCUCUACAUCGACGAGGUGAACCUUCUGGACGACUCGCUCGUGGACGUGGUGCUGGACUCCGCCGCGGGCGGGUGGAACACCGUCGAGCGCGAGGGUAUCUCCAUCACCCACCCGGCUAAGUUUAUCAUGAUUGGAUCGGGCAACCCGGAGGAGGGCGAGCUCCGCCCCCAGCUUCUGGACCGCUUCGGCAUGGCGUGCAACAUCGCCACCAUCUUCGAUCAGAAGCAGAGGAUCGAGCUGGUGAAGAACCGCAUGGCGUACGAGGCGGACCCGGAGGCGUUCGCCGCGUCGUGCAAGGCUGAGACGGACGAGCUCAAGGCUAAGAUUUCCGCGGCGCAGAAGAUCCUCCCCAACGUCACGAUGGACCGGGACCUGGCGCUCAAGAUCUCCGGCGUGUGCGCGCUCGUGGACGUCGACGGACUCCGCGGCGAUAUCGUCGUGACCCGCGCGGCGAAGGCGCUCGUGGCGUACGAGGGACGCGAUGUGGUGACCGAGGACGACAUCAAGCGCGUCAUCGGCCCGUGCCUCAGCCACCGCCUUCGCAAGGAUCCUCUGGACACCAUGGACGGAUCCUUCAAGGUCAUGCUGGGCUUCAACAAGGUGUUCAACGGCUCCGCGCUCAAGGACUUCAGCGCCGCCAUGGAAGAGGGCGUGAAGGACCCCGAGGAGGAGCAGCGCAAGGAGGAGGAGGCCAAGGCAAAGGAAGAGGCUGCCGCGGCGCCGAAGAAGGCUGGAGCUUGGGGCGGACUUCCCGGGUUUGGCCGCUAAAAACUGGGGGUUUUGGACUUGUCUCAAUAUUACUUGUACCCUGGUAAUGAUC